UUAUAUUAGUGCAGAAAACACUGUACCUUUAAUUUAAAUGCCCUUGGGAGUCUGCUGGGGAAGAGGAAAUAAUACUGUCAGUCAGUAUGACAUGCAGAUGAGUGCCGUCGAUCUUAGAAAUCACCGCACACUUCACUCAUUUGGGCAGUCAAACAGGGGCCAAAACCAGAGUGUGGAGCCACAGUGUGGCGGUGGAGGCAGCAGCAAUGGGAGGACCAUACAGCACCCUAUGACAAAAUGGAACCCACCAGCAGUGUGAGAGACCUGAAAGUGGCACAUUGCAGAGUGUGGCGAUGGAGACUGCAGCAAUGGGAGGCCGUACAGGGGACCCAUGACACACUCUGACCUGGCAGCAGCAUGAGGAGGCGGGGGUACAGGGGGCCCAUGACAGAUUACGGGGCCUGGCAGCAGCAUGUAAGGAGACCUGAAAGUGGCACAUGGCAGAGUCUGGCGAUGAAGUCAGCAGCAAUGGAGGCCGUACAGGGACCCAUGGACACACUCUGGACCUGGCAGCAGCAAGAGGAGGCGGUACAGGGGCCCAUGGCAGAGUGGCGAAGCGUAAGCAGCAGCUUAAAUUGGAAGGCCAUACAGAGGCACUAUGUUAAAAAUAAUAACAUGUUUGGGGCAUGAUCAUGGCGG